GUGGGAUUCCCUCGUGCGCGCGCGUAGUGCACACUUUUUUUCGCGUCUUGAACAUUUGCCCAAUUUAUUUUACAUGUCAAAACGACCUAGAGACAACACUUUGAUUGAAUCCUUAAAGGCCAUUUUAAAUGCUUCAGCUGAAAUAUGUGAAUCGCUAUUAGAUAGAACCAACAACAACAUUGAAGAAGCUAUAGAUCUAUAUUUCUCUAAUCCGUCUUCUGUUACUACGCCGUCUUCUGUUACUACGCAGACAAAGAAGAAAAAGAAACCAAAUAGAUACUAUCUUGGCGAUCUCGUCAUAAGCGGUUGGUCACUUUAUGUGGGGAAGAGUCCAGUAAAAGAAGGAGAUCGGAUAGAGAUUUCUAGAGAUAAAAACAUUACUGAUACAACAAACAGAAUUGUCCGAUUUGCACAUGAAGGAACUCAACUAGGUAGAUUACCAAGAGAGAUUGCCAAUUAUGUAUCUAUAUUACUUGAUCAGAACAUUUGCCAGUUUGAAGGAACGGUUGUCUGGUGCCCAAAUGAGCUAAAGAUUGGAGAAGAUAUUAUCAUAACAAUAAAAUGUUACAUCAUGCCAACUGCUAUGCAUAUAAACACCUUUCUUCACAACUAUAUUCCAAAAGCGAAUAAGAGCAGACAGCGUGACAAAGUCGAGGAUGUAAGCACUUUACGAAAGACAUCUUUAGUUCAGCUAUUUAAGAACCUAGGCAUGAGACCUGUGCGAUCAUCCAUCAGAAGAAUGCUGGGAGGAGACGAUACUUGGGACAUGAUACUUCAAAGUAUCAACACAAGAACAGAAUCUGAUUCACUCGAGCGUGAUGAGUUGCAGGAGCUUAAUGAGGACGAAGAAGAAAACAAAGAGGUAUCGGAUGAUCAGCUCAACACGAUAUAUGAAAGAGCACAAGUGUUUGAUGCAGAGAUUAGGCCUAUGGAAUCCCCGGAUACACUGACAUUACAAUUAAAAGAGUAUCAGAAAAGAGCACUUGCAUGGAUGACAGCUAAAGAAAGCCUCCAUUACGAAGAUGGUGAUUUGGAUAUGCGUGCAUUACAUCCCUUAUGGGAAGAAUACAGCUUUCCAGACACGACAAGCGAAUACCAAUUCUUUUAUUUUAACCCAUACACAGGUGAACUAAGCUUAGAAUUUCCAGAAGCAAACACACAAGAAAGAGGUGGUAUUUUAGCAGACGAAAUGGGACUUGGUAAAACAAUAGAAGUGCUAAGUUUGAUCCACAGUGACAAGUCCCGAUAUGACCAUAGUAGAAUACAGCUUAAAAGUCAAUCCAAAAAGUCACCUACCACAUUGAUUGUCUGUCCCAUGUCUUUACUAGCUCAAUGGCGUGAUGAAAUCAUUAGAGCGUCCAAACCAAAUUCAAUUCGACUUGAGGUAUUUUAUGGAGAUGAUCGCUCAUCAUUAUCCUUAAACACUUUAUGUCAGUGGAAUGGGUCUGCUCCUGAUGUAUUGAUUACGACCUAUGGCGUUUUAGUUGGAGAAUGGUCACGGGCGCAACAAGAUGCAUCAGCUACAACCCUCUAUGACAUUGAAUUUUGGCGGGUAGUUUUAGAUGAAGCACACCAAAUAAAGAAUCCAUCAACCAAAACAUCAAAUGCCUGUAAAGAUAUCUUUGCGACCAGAAGAUGGGCAGUAACAGGCACACCCAUCCAGAACAAGCUUGAUGAUUUAUACGCGCUCGUUCGAUUUUUAAAACACGAGCCUUGGGCCAACCACGCAUUCUGGAAAACAUUCAUUACUUUGCCAUUUGAAAAAAAGGAUCCGCGUGCUCUGGCUGCUGUCCAAACUGUGUUGGAGCCUAUUGUAUUACGACGAACAAAGAAUAUGAGAGAUUCUCGAGGCCAGCCUAUGGUACCUUUGCCUUCAAAGACGAUCCGAAUAGAAUACCUUUCAUUUUCUCCAGAAGAGCAAGAUAUUUAUGAUGCAAUAUACAACGACUCCAAAAUUAAGUUUUCUUACUUUUGUGAAGCAGGAAAACUUGGUAAAAAUUAUGCUUCUAUAUUUCAACUUUUGACAAGACUGCGGCAGAUCUGUUGUCACCCAUACCUUGUGCUUCAAAACAAUCAAGGAAAGACGACAGAAGUGAAAGCAGAGGGUGGCAGAAGUGUAUUAUUGGAAGAUUUAGUUGCAAAACAUGCAACAACUUCACAAGUAUCUUCAUCAUCUGCAGAGAGUAGCAACAGUUAUCGUUUAAACGUUUUACAAAAUCUAUUAGAAAUGCAGCGGAAAGGGUCGUCUAUCACCGAAAAGACAGGUACCAUAGCCGAACAAGGAAAUUUGCCAGCUGUUCCAGAAGAAUGUCCCAUCUGUUUUGAGUCAAUGGAUUCCAUGAUUGCGAUGCCCUGUAUGCACAUGGCUUGUAGACCUUGUGUGAUGGAUUAUUUUCAGAAAAAAGAGGACCAUGGCCAGCCUGGUGAUUGUCCAAUAUGUCGAACUGGGCCUAUCUUACAGAACCAACUUUUAGAAAUUGCUCAACAACAGCCUGGGGAGGAUGAUAAGAAUCCCAAAAUAAACGUACGAAAGGCGGUUGGAGGAUUCAAGCCGUCGACAAAAAUAAAUGCACUUAUGAAACUACUACGCCAGUAUGAUAAGGAGAAACUCAAAACUGUUGUGUUUUCUCAAUUUACCAGCUUCUUGGAUAUUAUUGGAGAAGCACUUGAUUACGAAAACAUUCACUUUACUCGACUAGAUGGUUCACAUAGUCAACCACAACGAGAAAAGGUCCUGUCCACAUUUGCAACAUCAGGAGAAAAAGGGGCUAAUGUGUUACUUAUCAGUCUCAGAGCUGGAGGUGUUGGGCUAAACUUGACCUGUGCAAACCGUGUUGUCAUGAUGGAUCCCUGGUGGAAUUUCGCAAUAGAGUCACAGGCUAUCGAUCGCGUUCAUCGACUUGGUCAACAGAAAGAAGUGAUAGUGACAAGGUUUAUCGUUAAAGGCACAGUCGAAGAACGCAUACUUGAGAUUCAAGACUCUAAGCAUACCCUUGUAAAUGAUUUGUAUAUGUCUCGUGAUGAAACCAAAAACCGUAAAUUAGACGAGCUAAAACUGCUUUUCAGCAAAAAAGCAUAA